UGGAUGAGAAGCGAAAGUCUAACUCGACCCCGGUCAUUCUGGCGGAGAUAGCAAAGGAAGAAGGCCUUCUGUCUCUGUACAGAGGCUGGUUACCCGUCAUCUCCAGUCUCUGCUGCUCCAACUUUGUCUACUUCUACACCUUUAACACGCUCAAGAGGCUGAAUGCAGCGGGACAGAUCAAGUCCAGACCUGGCAGAGACCUGCUCAUGGGGGUCGCAGCAGGGGUGGUGAACGUGCUCCUGACCACGCCCAUGUGGGUGGUCAACACCCGACUGAAGCUGCAGGGGGCCAAGUUCAGAAACGAAGACCUCCAGCAGACCCACUACAGAGGCAUAUUUGACGCUUUCUCACAGAUCAUAUCCAAGGAGGGUCUAGGAACUCUGUGGAACGGCACUCUGCCCUCCCUCAUCCUCGUGCUCAACCCGGCAGUACAGUUCAUGAUUUACGAGGGCAUGAAGAGGAAGGCGGGCAGAGGAGGGAAGAAGAUUUCCUCAGCAGAGAUCUUUCUCAUUGGAGCCAUCGCCAAGGCCAUCGCCACCACAGCAACAUAUCCUCUUCAGACGGUCCAGGCCAUCCUGAGGUUCGGACAGUACAAAGGUGACGGCAAAGGCGGCGUUAUCGGAAGCCUCUCGAGCAUUUUCUCUCUGCUCAUGGACAGAAUCAGGAGGUAUGGGGCCCUUGGUUUGUACAAAGGCCUGGAGGCAAAGCUGCUGCAGACGGUGCUGACGGCUGCACUCAUGUUUGUCGUGUAUGAGAAGAUCACGACUGCUACCUUCAAAGUCAUGGGCCUGAACAAGAAACUGAAGCACUGAAUGAGUUGAGAACAGCAGUAAGUACAUUUGUCUUCAGCAGGUAAAAAAAGAAAAGAAAAGAGAAUGCCACUUUGUUUGUGUCACAAAAGCGUUAAUAAGAGAUGGGAUUGGUGCCUUUAAAUAGCCACAGAUUCCCACAUUCACCCCAAACAUGCAGCAGAACCAGGUCAGCGUGUAAUGCCUCUAAUGCCCUGUUUUUUUCUUAACCUUUUGUUUGGUUCUUUAAGUUCAGAGUGACCUUAAUAUUUAUCCGCUGGGAAUUCUCGGUGGAGAUUGUCCCAAGCACUUAAUAGGAGCUCUAAACUGGUUUGAUUUUUGGAGGUAGAGGAAAGAAAAUGUGUUUCACAGAGUCCAAUGAGGCUGUGAAAAUGUAAUUAACCCUCAUUUCAGCUGAAAUCCCAGACAUAUGAAGUUUGAAAGCAGAGCUGAAGAGGCUCCAUUUUGAAUGAAAUGGACAAUAUCGGAGGCAAAUUAAUAUAGGAAUUCUUUAAAUUUGAACUAAUGUUGUAACAAAAGAAUUUAAAACCAGUUGCUUUGGGAGAGGAAAAAAAAACCUAUUUUUAAAGGACAAGUUAAAUGUUUGGAGAAAGAGAAAAAAAUCCCUUCCCGUAAAGAGUUCAAGUUAUGAGAGACUAAUAAUAACGCUGUCAUUUUGUAAGCGUUUUUUAAUGCUAAGAGAUUCAAUCUAACCAAGUCAGCAGCAGGGGCGCUGGUGGCACGGUAGUUAGUGCGUGCGCCCCAUGUACGGAGGCUGUAGUACUCCAAACGGGCGGCCCAGGUUUGAAUCCGACCUGUGGCUCAUUUCCCGCAUGUCAUUCCCCACUCUCUCUCUCUUCCUGUUUUCCUACUCUAUCCACUGUCCUAUCUCUCCAAUUAAGGCAUAAAAAGCCCAAAAAUAAGUCUUAAUAAGUUAAAUCUUUCUUCGGUUAAUUUGUACAAAAAUCUGUGAAACCAUUGAUUGUAUAUAAAGACGGACGAUGCAUCCCUACCUCCCCUCUAUUGUACAAAAAAUGAAGCCAAAAUUACAUAUUGUGCUGGUGAUGUCAUUUGGAGCCAGAGGCCGUGCAGGAGCGACUGCCCUGUAGAGCCUUGGAAUCGAUGAUCUUCCCCUUCUGCUGACCUAAGCAUAAAUUUCACUCGCACAUAAAACGGCAAAGAUCCAGCAUUAAGGGGGUGGAGCUUAUGACCUAUAAUGCAGUCGGGCAGUAAGGGGAGCCCCUAAUUUUUGGCUUCAUUUUGGGGAAAAAACCGGCACGUCGUCCAUCUUUUUAUACAGUCUAUGUGGUUGAAACUAGGAGGGUUUGCAGCUGUUUUCCUAAUAUUAUUUUUGAAAACAGGAAUGAAUUCGUCCUGACUAAGAACCAGCUGUUUCUCCGUCACUAGCUGUUGCUAACAAAGAUCGGUCAGCCACCUGAGAUAGCUAAAACGCUCCUGACACACGAGUGGUAUCAAUAUUCUUAUCUACAUUUUCAACAACAAAGGGCACAAGUGAUUUCCCCUAAAAUGUGGCUUUUGCUUUAACAUAAAGCAAAGGCCAACGAGGCGACUUCAUUCAUGGAUGUUUCCUUGCUUCUGGACCAUUCUCCUCAAUCCCUGUUUAAUGUGUUUACUGCUAAUGUAACGGAGGUGAAAGGAAACCUGAUGAAAUUCCAGCCAGAUCAGAAACAUGUUUUAAUGUGCAGACUUAUGAACUCUUUAUUACACACACAGUAGCUGUAAGAAUAAGGCUAACAGUGCAGCUCUCCCAUUAAUAUGUAUGAAACUGUGUACAAAGUACUUUCUCAGCCGUAUGGUUUGAUUUAAACAAUUUUAAAACAUGAAUGAAAUAGAAAUGGUAAUAAGUACUUAACCUUAAACACUAAGUGAACAAAUACUGCAGUGGGUACAGUGUACCAUAAAAAACCUGAACUAUGAUCUGCUGUUAGUGCUUUUAUGACUGUCGAUGAUUUACACAAACUCAUGCUACACUUAACUGUGCACCGUACUCAUGAUUGUAUCGGUCUGUAAAGAGUUUUUGUCAUGCAGUGUCUUCCAGUAUACAUACCUCUGCAUCCUGUUCUGUGUGAGAUAGCGAGGGCUUGAAGUUAUUUACAGUAUUUGUUUUUUAUUACAGCGAUACUUGAAUGUAAGUUUCUGCUGCCUUAAAACGAUUUAACGGUUGAUUCAUUCCUUUUUGUUGCUGUGAAAAUGUUUGGUUGAUGUCUUAAUAUGCACGUUUUACUCAUGUUAAAUCUGACUUUGUAGCAUCAGCCUUAAAAAGGUCGUAGACUUUGGACUGUUCGGUGCAUCAAUGGCCUCCUUAGUAACUGUCACGCUGUUGAAAGGAGACAUGACAUCACUUACCUGAUGUGGGCUUCACCUGUUUUACAACAUGCCUCAGGUGAACCCGAUGAUCUAAAAGUCUUUGGUUUGUGUUUUAGUUAUUCAGGCCUGAUUCAGACUGUAAUGAACCAAGUGUGAAAUAGGCAUGAACAGGAAUGACGAUAAGUCAGUGUGGCAUUAUGACCAAAUAAUCUUUGUCUAAUGAUAACUGUACUGUGUUGACUUCUGAACUCAACGCUUUGUAAUAACAGAGGACAAGGGCAGUGGAAAGCAGUUUGUGAGAUACGAUCUUGGAAAUGUUGUUGACCUGAAAAUGUUUUGUAACCGCUGAUCAAAUACUUACUUGAAGUCAUUGUCUUUUAUUGAUAUCAUGAAUUUUUUUUUAACACUCUUUCCUCUUUUGUUUGAAUUGACAGAGUAUUGUUUGGGCUUUAAAUUAUUGUUAUAACAAAAGAAUAAUAAAGUGUGACCAAAAAAAAACAAAA